ACUGUAAACAAGUAUGAAUUGGAAAAGUUCUGAAGAAACUAAAAAGAGCUUGGAGAGUAAAAAUUAAAUUUGGAGACCAUAAUGUUCUGAUUUCUGGAGUGGCCUGGAAGCCGAUGUCUCUAGGUUGGAGGAAAAUAGCUAUGCCAUCAUGGAACCUUACAAGCAGACGUUUGUUAUCCGACUCUCCAAUCUAAAUGGAUAAGUGGGCCCAUGCGUUCUCUUUUUUUCUUUUCACUUUUCCUUAAGAUUAAAACAGCUUACACCAAUAAUAUGCAUGUGUGGUUAUCGAGGUAGCAAAUUUGAGCACCGGAAUAGGAGCAGAUAAUGGCCGUAGCAAUAGGAAGAAGCUUCGCUUUUCGGCCACACUCUUUAUUCAACAGCAAGAGCAUAGAUAGACCUUCACCAGCUGGAAGUUUCUCGUGGCUUGGGCAUGCUGCUGCCACGCCACGUUGCAAGCGAAUUCGUGUCGCAGCACAACAGCGACCCACAUGGCUUCCAGGACUUGAUCCACCACCUCAUCUUGAUGGAACUCUGGCUGGGGAUUUUGGGUUCGACCCACUUGGGCUUGGAGAGGAUCCCGAAAGCUUAAGGUGGUAUGUACAGGCAGAGCUGGUUCAUGCUCGCUUUGCAAUGCUUGGGGUAUUGGGAAUUCUAGUGACCGAUCUACUUCGCGUCACAGGACUUAGUAAGAUACCAGUUUGGUUUGAAGCCGGCGCAGUAAAAUACGAGCUUGCCAAUACUCAGACACUCUUCAUUGUUCAACUACUUCUUAUGGGGUUUGCCGAAACAAAAAGGUACAUGGAUUUCAUUAGCCCUGGAUCUCAAGCCAAAGAGGGGUCUUUCUUUGGAUUGGAAGCUUCACUAGAAGGUUUAGAGCCAGGGUACCCUGGGGGUCCUCUUCUAAAUCCUCUUGGCCUAGCUAAAGACAUUAACAAUGCUCAUGAUUGGAAGCUUAAAGAGAUAAAAAAUGGGCGACUUGCAAUGGUGGCCAUGCUUGGCAUCUUUGUACAAGCAUCAGUGACUCAUGUUGGACCAAUUGAUAACCUUGUGGAGCAUCUCUCCAAUCCAUGGCAUAAAACUAUUAUUCAGACCCUUGCAAGUUCUAGCUCCUAGUUCUAAGAAGUGCCUGCAUUAGUUUUAUGCGACAUGGACUGAUCCAUAAAACGAAAAUACUUUUUACCCCCUCCGCCAUUGUUCGGUCAAGGAUUAGGUUUAGAGCCAAGGGUCUAGCAACAAAUUGUAUUCUUUUACAUUUCCAAUUGACUUAUCUUAAGUCUUUGUCUCAGCUUGGGGAAAUGACUAAAUCCGACAAUAAAUGCUUUUCAUUUUCGGUUUAUAUAAUAACUUCUAAAGCAUAUUAAAAGAAACUUCAACCCCUAC